UUCCCGGCUGGGGGGGCACCGUUCCGGGUGAGACGUCCACCAUGGUGAGGCCCCUGAGCCGCUGCCCCUGCGCCCCCCCGGCCGCCGCUGCCUGCUGCCCCUCGGCGCUGCUCCUGCUCCCCCGCCUGCUGUUGCUCCUCCAUCUCCAGAUCGGAUCACGGUGAGGGAAAGAUGAGCGAGGAGACGGCGACUUCUGACUACGAUAAUAGUUAUGCACGAGUCCGAGCUGUGGUGAUGACCCGAGAUGACUCAAGUGGUGGAUGGUUACCACUUGGAGGGAGUGGACUGAGCAGCGUCACUGUCUUCAAAGUCCCUCAUCAGGAAGAGAAUGGCUGUGCUGACUUUUUUAUCCGUGGAGAGCGGCUCAGGGACAAAAUGGUGGUUUUGGAGUGUAUGCUUAAAAAAGACCUCAUUUAUAAUAAGGUCACUCCAACAUUUCACCAUUGGAAGAUUGAUGACAAGAAGUUUGGCCUCACCUUUCAAAGUCCUGCUGAUGCUAGGGCAUUCGAUAGAGGCAUUCGAAGAGCUAUAGAGGAUAUUUCUCAAGGAUGCCCACCAUCAAAAAUUGAAGCUGAAGGAACAGAAGAUGACUUACAAGCAACUGAAGAGAACACUUCCAGUUCUCUAGGGAGAGAACACUUUUUCCAUCAAGAGACAGUUGUUACCAGUGACCCUUACAGAAGCUCAAAUAUCAGAUCAACUGCCUUUGCAGAUCUGAAUGUUAGACGAGUUUACUUGCAAAGUCAAGCUAAUCAGGUAACAUUUAGUCAGCCGGGCCUAGACAUUCAGAGCAGAAGUACGGAGUAUGUACAGCGACAAGUCUCUAAGGAAUCCGGAAGUCUAAAGUCCCAAAAUAGGGUUCCUCUGAAGUCAGUCAGACAUGUCAGCUUUCAAGAUGAGGAUGAAAUUGUCAGAAUAAAUCCUCGAGAUAUCCUAAUACGCCGGUAUGCGGACUAUAGGCAUCCUGACAUGUGGAAAAAUGACUUGGAGAGAGACGAUGCUGAUUCCAGUGUUCACUUUUCUAAGCCGGACAGUAAAAAGUCAGACUAUCUCUACUCCUGCGGGGAUGAGACUAAGCUAAGUUCUCUCAAAGACUCUGUGGUAUUUAAGACACAACCAUUAAAAGUUAAGAAAUCAAAGCGAAGAAAAGAGGAUGGUGAACGUUCUCGCUGCGUGUACUGCCAGGAAAGGUUUAACCAUGAAGAAAAUGGGAGGGGGAAAUGUCAGGAUGCUCCAGAUCCUAUUAAAAGAUGCAUAUAUCAAGUUAGUUGCAUGCUCUGUGCGGAGAGCAUGCUGUAUCAUUGUAUGUCAGACUCAGAGGGAGACUUUUCUGACCCUUGUUCGUGUGACACUAGUGAUGACAAGUUCUGCCUACGAUGGCUAGCCCUGGUAGCUUUGUCUUUCAUUGUACCAUGUAUGUGCUGCUACGUCCCUUUGCGAAUGUGCCAUCGCUGUGGGGAGGCGUGUGGGUGCUGUGGUGGGAAACAUAAAGCUGCUGGAUGAAAUGGUCCAGUGCCAAAAUGAGCUUAAAGUCUUUGUUUCCAGGAAUUAGCUAACUCGGAUUUAUGGAAGCUUUUGGCAAGCAGUAGAAACCUUGCCUGGUAUCACUGGGGCCACACGUGGAAGAAGCGGAACUCUUCAGUUCUUGGCAUUUCACACGCGAGCCAUGCUUAACUUCUUUCCUUGAGUGCAUGGCAUAUUUUGUUACAGGUUGUAGAGUACUUGCAGGAGGAUAUAAUCAUACCUGGUUCUUGACUAUAAAAAGUCACCAUAAAAUACGAUCCAACUAAAAGGGAUUAAUUUUUGUAUAUUUAUGCAUUAGGUGAUGGGACUUUUAAAGGUUUAAUUAUAUUAGGACGAACUAAAAAGUGCACUAGGAUACAGCUGAUUUCAGUCUAAGAAAAGUUAACACUUGGAAAUGACAAGAAGUAAAAGGCAAGUGCAACUAAAUCAUUUGUUAGUUGGUUUUUGAAAGCAGUUUUAUGUAUAAAUAACAAAUGUUUAUAUUGAACUAAAUGUAAGGUACGAAUUAUGACAUAUUAAACUUUCUUGCCCUUCCUUGAUCUGAAGUAGAUAUAUGUAUCUACUGUCACAUUCCAUAUCUUUUGAAUAUUUAACUCAUCUAAUUAAUAACGUUUUUAUUCCAUGUGAAUGAUUUGAUAUUUUCAUCCUCGUUUCUUUUUGGCUACAGUUUAUAUUGAGUUAUAUCUGUACAUUCUGGUAAUCUAAAUCCUUUAAAAUAUUCUAAUAUCUUUGAGUGACCAACUUUUUUUUUAAAGCACAGAUGUAAUUGUCUAAUGUUCUGAUGGGGAUGUAACACUUAUUUUUAUAUAAAAAGAGACUGAGUAAACAUAGAAAAAAAGUGAAGUUUUUUGUAGUUUUGUUUUUUGUGGUAUUCAACCAGCAAGUUGUUUUCUUUCAGAGUUUCCUCCUUUAAAAAAUUAUAUUGCAUUUACAAAUGAUUUAUAAGGCAAAAAUAUAACUGGAUAGUUAUUAUGAAACACUUUCCUCUUGGUCUCCAUUUAUCAUUUGCUAAACCAGAAUAUGUUCAGCUGUGUUACUAGUCUUUUAGCUUGAUCCUCGGUGUUUAUUCAUAGAACAAGGACAGCUUUUCUUAGUUGCAUUUUAUUUUAUUUAAAUCUGCCAAAAAGAAAAUUAUUUUAUGUUAAAAUGUGUGUUAAACUACCCCAGGAAAGUAUUUAAUCCAGCGUUGUGAAUGAAGUGUCUUGUACAUAAAAAUUCGUUUCUUUUGCAGAGUAUUGUGUUCCUGGGUGUUAAAUUUACGACGUAGUAGGACACAUGUUACAGCAGAGUUUUAAAAGUACUUUGGGGUCAAAUUCUCUUUUCCUUCUUCAUCUUGUCUUCUUUGUCGCUGUCUCCAUCUCUUUUUGUCUUCUUCCUCACUGUCUUUUCUUAUAAGUAUUACUAUGAAAUCGAACAAAGUAAUGGAUUCUUUGAGAUCAUUCCCUUAGUGGGAUAAAGUUGAGAAGUGUGCCUUCCCCCCUCCUUUUUUAAUGGCUUAGUGUUUCAGAGGUCAUAAAAGUUUAAAUCACACUACCAUUUGAGCUCAUUUUCUAUGUAAGUCUUUAAAUGUCAUUUAUGUAUCAUUUGUUUUACAUAUCAAACUUAAGCUUAUGUUUGCUUUUUUCUUUUGCCCCAGAUCAAACUGAAUAAUGUAUAUAACACUAUCUGUCUGUAAAAUACUUUUUUUAAAAAAGCAUUUAUAUUUAUAUGACAGCUUGAACUGACAACAUUGUGUAUAUAGAUCAUCAUGAAGUAUUAUUUCACAUUGAAAAGAAGAGAAAUAUAUUGAUAACUAUAGAUGUUAUGAAGAGGUUAUUUCUAGUUUUGUACUAAAAAUCAAUUGGAUGAACUAAAUCCAAACCAUGACACUGUAGCAGCAGUUUUAAGUCUUAUUUUUAUUGUUUAUACUUUUGAACGCUGCUACACCAGAUGAUCUUUAUCCCUCAAGUUUUCAGUAAACUUGGUUUCCUAGAAUAGACUGUUAACUUUCAAAAUUCCUUUUUAUUGGUGAAAUGGAAAUACUGGUUUCCUUGUGAAUGAAUUUUCAUACUUGUAAGUGCUAAGUUCAUAAUUCAGGUUUUAGCAAGGUGUGAAUACCUGAAGAAAAUAACUUGCUGGCUCUGUAGGAAAAUGCUGUGGAAAAGAACUGUGUAUAUAUUUCUGAGAACAAGUUUAAUCAUUUCUUCUGUUAAGCACUAAUCAGUAUAGUGCUACUCCUGGUUCUGUACUGUAUUUUAUAUGCAACGUAUAUGCUUUAAUAUUUUAAUGUUUGUGCAUUAAUAUUUUCAAUUUGUUUAACCACUUUGCUGCUAAGAUUUUACUGUCCCAUCCCCAGUUUUUUCCUUUAUAAUUUUAAACAAGUUUCUUCAUUAAAAACUAUGGCGAUGAAAUGGUUUUUAUUUCACCUUGAAACUUCUUAAGAUACCCAGUUUCCAAUUAAGUCUAUACAGUGUGACCUGAACCCCUAGGUGGAAAUUUUCUCUUGUAAGUGAGACUUCCUGUGUGAAAGUAAGAUAAUUUAACUCUGAUUCUCAAAUAUGUGUAUAAACAUUGAGGGAUGUUUUCUUGUUCUAUACCAAUUUGGCAUUUCUUUUGAAAACUUUUGUUUAAUCUGAUUGUAAAAGCAGAUGGCUCAACAGUUUAAAACUGUUAAAGGAAAUUUUGAAAAUGAAGUCAUCUAAAUGGCGAAACAGGAAAAAAUGUGGCUUGAUGAACUUAUUUUGUUCAGAAUUGAUAGAUUUCGAAUUGUAUUUCUCCUAGCUUAAAAGAGUAAUUUGCAUCCUGAAGAAAUGUGUAUCUGGAACUUCAGCACCACCUACUGGAUGAUUUCCAGACAGGCACAUGAGGUGGAGCUAAGGGUCCCCACAGGGUUCCUCACUACUACUAGUAAAGGGCUAUUCAUGAGGUGGCCACCUCCUACCGUGGAAACCAGAAGUAAGAAAUAUCUCAUAGGAACUGUAAAACGCUUCUUUUCUCUAAUGCAUUUUGUUGGUUACUGAAAGAUUUUAAGCACUUUUUUACUAUCCUAUUUUAAAGUAUUUAUUGAUAUUUGGAACUGGCAGUCGUACUUAAUGGAUACGCUAAGGCAUUUAUAGAACCAGUUCCUUUAACUCGCAAAAGCCAUUACCAAAAUGGUAUUCUCACUUUUCCUCCCACUGCCAGGCAGGGAGACUUUUUAAAAAUAAAUAACAUAAUGGCCUGUAUUUUACCGUGACAACUUUAGAGGGACUGUGUGUAUGUUUCUGGAAAGAUUAUGAUGAAGCAGGGAUUAAAACUGAAAGGGAAAAACUUGAGACUACCUAUUUUCAUUGGUUAUUCAGCAGUGCCUAAAAUGAGCUUUUGAAGUUACACAAAUGCACUUUCAACUCAUGUACAGUGCCAUCUGAUAUCUUGGGUAAGUCUUGCUUUUCUUUUCCUUUUCCCCUUUUCUCUCCUUAAUUAAUGGCAUGUAGGUGUUUCUUAAUAUCCAUGUAAGUAUUCAGAGUACAAGAAACAUGUACUUUCCUUUUGAUUGGAAAUAUAAAGAAUUUUAUGGGUGUUUCUUUUGUUGAAAUUUGUUUUAGGCUUUUAUGAUUAUACUUGGAAUAUAUAACCUGCAAAUAUGUAUUUAAGAUUAGAUUUUUAAUUGUAGCCCAAAGGUACAUUAAACAAGUGUAACAUUUCUUUAUAAAACUUUGAAAACCUUAGUUAAUUAAAGAGACUUCCUCACUAAGUAUUAUUUUCACUCCUGAUUAACCUUCAUUUCCACAUUUUUAAGUGUGAGGGAAAGCACUACAAACUUGCAUUACAUAUUAUUGCACUAAAAAGUCUACAAAUCAUGACUACAGCACUACAAGGUGUUUUGCAUUCAGUCAGCGUUUGAAAAACCUUUUUCAAAAACAACCGGAGGUGUUUUAUGUAAACCAAAAAAAUAAAAAACAAAAGGGCUUUAAGGUACUGUUUUCCUAGCAGCCAGGUGGUUAUAAAACUUUCAUAUGCUUUGCUACAUUGAUAAAUGUUAGCCGUUGUUCCUGAAAGCUUCCUAAACUGCUUACAUUGUUAGUUUUGAAAAUUUUCAAAAUAAUUUAGGUGAAAAGCCUUUGUAUUAAAGAUACACAUAGAUUUUUGUGACCGUUCCCCAUGUGUAGUGUCAUUUGCUUUCUAUUCUCUUGACCUCAAAAGUGCCUCACUUGUAUAUUACUUCCAUUAAAGGCUUGACUGCAUUCUUUCUAAUGAGCAAUGAAAAAUGUUUAAUCCAUGUCAUAAUGUAUCUCCUCAGAUAUAAUUGACUAGCUUGAUACUUUUGAGUAUAUAAUGUAAAUAUGCAUAUAUAAGUUUGUAACUGUUUUUGUUACAUCAUACCCAUGUAAUUGGAUAUAUCAGAUGAUACCAUAAGAAUUGUUUUAAUGGUUUUUUCCUUCUCUGGAAUCACCUAAUUAAACCUAUCAUGAAAUGUAAAA